AUGAUGAGUAGUUCAGAUACUAAACCUCAACUGAAACUAAGCUGGUGCUAUAAAUAUACUAUUGCUACGGCGGCAAGCUUUAUGUGUCUUCGCUAUCAAUUUGAUGGGGUUUCACAUGCUGCGCAGAACUAUACACCGGGCAGGCCGAUAGCUCGUGAGAAAACUUAUAUGCCAUCAGAAAUAUCUAGUGUGCUGCUUUACUCGACUGCUUGGGCAAGUUUUGUUUUGGGUCUAACUUAUGCUAUGAUCUUUGCUUGUAGUUCGUUGGUUUACUUGAUCUGUAGUUCGGAGGCAAAUAUGAAGUUGGCUGAAUAUCCGAGGGACCUGAUUAUUUGUGCGAGUAGUGUGGCUGGUGUGGCUACUUUAGGGUUACUUGCUUUUGUUAUUUGGCAGAUGGUUAGGCUAUCUAAUGAAUGGAUGAAAACGAAGAGUGGACGACGAGAAAUAUAUAGAAGGAUAUCCCAAGGUUUUUGCUGGUCGGCUUUGACUUUGGGAUGGUGUAUUCUGAUUUGUGGAGGAAUGUCCUUGGGUUGUUUUUUCCUGUUGCGCUCAUCACAUGUGCCCUUUACGGGUUUAUCCCUGCUUCUGCUGGUUAUCACUAUUGUAGCAGUUAUAUUGGAGAAUUCUUGGAAAGUAGCUGUAGGGGCAAUUGCCUUGGUGGUAGCAAUUGGCUCUGCCCUGCUUAUAAUUGAAGCUCUUAACCCUAACCUAAUCAAUCUGAAAGAGAACCUAGCUAGUGCUUGGGCGAGUGCGUGA